AUGCCCAAUUUGAGUAAGAUUUCACGGGAAAUCUUUGAUCUCAUAACGGCAUUACUUAGCCCGAAUUCCACCAAGGAGCUGGCAGAUGGCCUUCUUUUCAGUGAAAGCCAAGAAAAUAUACUUUGGAGAGCAAUUUUCGAGAGCGAUGGAUGGAUCGAUAAAGCAUUCGAGCUAGGGGCCUGCCCUGUUCUUGUCGGACUAAAAUUACAUGAGAUCGGGAGGCCCAGCUACAGAGGCUCUCAUCGACAUCAUAUCCUUUUAUCGACGAACGAUGAUGCAGGCGACCUUCAAUAUUUCCAAGAUCUUCUAUUUAAGUCUCUACGAGAAGGUUAUCGUUAUGAGCCAACUAAAUUCAGAAUUAUCCUUCCAGAAACUACUUUCGUCAGCCCAAACAAGCGGGAGAUGAAGAUCCCAGAGAUAGCGCUCUAUGUGCAUGACGCUAUCUUGCCUCAAGAGACCCUCGUUCUUUCGAGGAGAACUAUUCGGAAACUCUUUGAGAAAAGCGCUGUACGAACACAGUACUCUUUUGCAAGCCAAAGAAAAAUCUGCACUGUACAAAGCCCAGCCAUAUACGGCACGGGAGGGAGUAUUUCAAGAUCGGAGCAGCUUCUCCCGAUAUGUGGCAUGAACCUUGUUUGUCGCGGAAAGGAGUGGCUGACAGUAUUGACAACACCAAAAUGUCCUUCUGUGUCGCCGGUUACUAAUGAUGGUCAUCUUCGGAGAGGUCGUAUCAUAGGUUGGGAAAAAAAAAGGCGGUGA